AUGAAGGUGGUGGUUGCCAUACCAAAAAAGCUUCUCGCCACCACCACGGAACAGUCCUUCACUGACACGUGGGUCCAAGCCAACAUCUUUAGCUACUACCUCGCCAUGACAAUUGAAACCAUAGCCAUCAGAAAUAAAGUGUUCGUGGACCCAAACAACACAACAAAGUUCCUCGUACCUGCCAUGAAGAGUGUUCACCCUUCUCUUGUCAAAUAUAACCUCGACAAAAACAUUAAAAUCUCCUCACUCAUCACACUCUUUGUGCUCCAAAACUCAUUUCCCGCCUCAUUCGGUUCCUUCAAAACCAAACUCCUUGAAUCAGUUAUCAAACCCUUCAACUAUGUUUUUGACCACUCCUCCCCAAUCAAGUUUAUCGUCCUUGCCAAGCCCCCUUUCCCUGUUAGCACUGUUGUCAUAGCAAGAUCCGACUCUACCCUCCAACAUGCCCAACUCCUUGACCAUUGCAUGCACACCACCACUAUGUUUCUCUCCAUAUUUUCUUUCACUCGCACCAACAAUAACUCCCACCACAACCGCCUAGUAGCAGAUCUGGUGACGACAUUUGCUGAUUUGGUCCGGCAGUCAUAG